AAUUUUAACGUUGCUUCCUCCCUUUGAUUUUCUAGUCUUUCAACUGUGUCUAUAGAGACCAGAGACUAGACUCACCAAGUCAGCAACUUACAGUGUUUAAUCUUUGGCUAUUUAAGUAGUGCAAAUACAAGUAUAUCAUCCAAGUUUAGAAUGGCUCCUGGAGGUGGUGCUAGUCGCAAGGAAAUUAUAGAAACAUGGCCAAAUUUUACAAGUUGUGACACAACAAAUACACAGCUAGAGAAAAGUAUCACAUUUCUAGGUGAAAAGUUUCGAAAGUCUUCAAUUCAUGGUGUUCAUGAGUUGCUUGAGUGCCCAAUCUGCACAAGGUCCUUGUAUCCUCCAGUUUACCAGUGUCCAAAUGGCCAUACGCUAUGCACCAACUGCAAGACUGGAGCACAUAAUUUCUGCCCUACUUGCCAAGUUGAACUUGGAAACAUAAGGUGUUUAGCCUUGGAGAAAGUGGCAGAAUCAUUGGAAUUGCCCUGCAGACAUCAAAAUCUUGGCUGUCACAAAAUAUUACCCUACUAUCGGAAGCUUAAACAUGAACAACGUUGUAAAUUUCGGCCUUACCAUUGUCCAUAUGCUGGAUCAGAGUGCUCCAUAAAAGGGGACAUUCCAACACUCAUGUUACAUCUUAAGGAGGACCACAAGGUUGACAUGCAUACUGGAUGUACCUUCAAUCAUCGAUAUGUCAAAUCAAAUCCAGAGGAAGUUGACNUACUUCUCUCAGGGGAAAAUAGACUAUUUCUCUUUUUAUGGAUUUGUUGGUGA